AUGGCGUCUGCAUUUUUUUUCUACAGCAUUGGAUAUCGGUGGGAGAGAUCUCAGCGCGCGCGCCAGAACGGCCGCGCGCCAGUCAGCCGCCGCUCCCCGCCGCGCGCGCGUGUUUUAUCAAAAAGUAACGUACACCUGCCGUGUUGUGUUGAUGUACCAAUGGAGGAGGUCCAGAUAUCGGAUUGGCCUGAGCCUCCGGGUUCCCAUGCAUGGCUCCCUGCUUAUGGUUACCAGCAUGAUUUAAUGGAUAAGGAUGACUAUUUUGGCACCAAUGUCGUGACUGUGCCGUGGCCUGUGGUAAAACAAGCUGUUUUGGUAUUCUGA